AUGGUGUUAGACGAGCACUACGAGAUGUGCCUGCCCAUCUUGCAGGACCCCGCGCUCGAAGAUGAGGACAAAACCGAUAAAAUAGAAGAGCUCUUCAAAAAGGAGACCAACAUGGUUGGCUCGUCCCUGGAGAAUGCCAUCCUCGAUGUCAUGUGGAGAUGGCGAGAAUGCGGAGGCACCUCCACGUCACCGCCUCCCAUCCGUCAGACCAUCCUGCGACGACCAUCGCCAGCUUCGUGGAGAGGCGGAACGCCGUUAUCAGGCUCGCCUCGCCUGGCCGUCAGUCCUCUCGCGCCGCCAGGGUAUAUCCCUGCCACCUUUGGCAGGACCAAAUCGGUCACAGCCUCUCCCUUCGGCUCGCCACGAGCCUCGCCUCGCCUGGCCUUUGCGACCCCUGUGAUUCCCCAUAGUCCAAAUCUCAAUGCAUAUGAAUUCGCCAGCGACCCCACCCCCGCCACUGAGAUCCUUGGAGAGUACCAGAUCGAGAAUGUCGACUGGCUCGUCAAUGAUGAUACCAUCAGCCUCUCCUCGUCUGUGGGCACCACCAAGAGCCUCAACGCCGCCGCUCCAGAGUUUUCGUCAAUGUCCUCGCAGCAAAUCGACAUGUCUCCUUACGACAUGCUCAGGUCAAUCCUGGGACACACAAGGACAGACGAAGAGAUAGAAUCUGCUCUUGCGACACACAACUACGAUUUGAGCGCUACUAUUACGUCCAUGAUGGAGAUUCAGCAAGACGGAGGCGUCCGGCUCGAUGAGCCCAAAAAUGUCCUCAUUGGCAAAUCUAUAUCUGCAGAGGGUCGUCCAUCUACCCCAGUAAACCAAAAGGCAGGUGUUAUUUGCAAAUUUUACAUGUCUACUGGACAGUGUCUGCGCGCAGACUGCCGGUUCAGCCAUGAUCUGAGCAACCACCUAUGCAAAUAUUGGGUCAUGGGUAACUGCUUGGCCGGCGAGACAUGCAUCUUCUCGCAUGACCCGUCCAAGCUCGUAAGCAAAAUGUCUCUGGAAAGCGGCUCCAAUACUCCUACUAGGAGUCAUAGUAGCUUGAUGCUCCAGGAUAUGAAUUCGUUUCCCUCUUUAAAUGGCGAUUCAGAUCAUCAUGGAGGCUAUUCAGGUAGCCCCAAUUAUGCUUCAUCGCCGGGGAUGCGAUCCCUGCGGGCCGAGAGCCCACGCCCUAGAUCACGACCCGGAAGCCGACAUCAGCUAAAAGAAAACUACAUAGCUGCUCCCGCCCUCGAUGAUAACGAGGCUUUCCCUUCCCUUGGCGCGGCUAUCGCAAAGCAGGGAAAGAAGCAUCAUGGCAAACGUGGUGGUCAUGGCCACAAGGAGAAUGGUACCCCCAGCUCUUUGGCCGACAUUGUCAAGAUGAAUCCUCCUGCAUCUCCCAGACUCGAAGUGCGCAAACCUAUUAGCAACGGUAACGGCGUCAUUGGCAGAGAUGGCGAACAUAGCGCUGCAGCUCUGGCGAUACCCAGCCCAAAGCAUGUUCCCUGGCUUGAAACUGGAGAACGGGCCAACAAAGCAUAUCUCAAGGCCCGCCAGGAGGCUAUCAAACAUGGCGGCCUGAGGAACAAGUUUUUACAAAGCGCUGCACAAGCAUGGAACCGCAACGAUGCGCGGGCUGCCAAGGCUCUCAGCCUCCGCGGCCAGAGCGAGAAUGACCUGAUGAGAAAGGCUCACAGGGAGGCAGCUCGCGAACUAUACGAGGAGCGCAAUAAGAAUCUAGACGCCGUGUCUGAAGUAUAUGUCGACCUCCACGGUCUCCAUCCGGAAGAGGCUGUAGAGUACCUGGAGAAAGUCCUUUUGGAGAAUGAAAAGGGCAACCGACCUGUUUACGCCAUCACCGGCACCGGCCACCACAGCAAGAAUGGCAAGGAUAAAGUGGGAAAAGCGAUCCGAUCAUUCUUGAAUGAGUGGCGAUAUGCCUACCGAGAAUUCUCCGUGCCAGGAGAUCGCAAUAGCAUGGGCGGCAACGUCUCGCGGUCACCACGGCAGAUGUCCUCUGAUGCGCGGGACUGGGCGCGCACCCAGUGGGAUACAUACCUCAAAUGGAGCCAGAACUUGAUGGCGACGUACUGGAAGCUCUCGCCGCUGUACCGCGCCAUGGUUAUCCUCGUCAUCCUCAUCGGCUGGACGUUCAUCAUCCUCUCUGUCUUGUACUCGGAGGCCUUCUUCCGAUGGCUGGCGACGGUGUCCAAGACGUGGCGCGAGAUCCCGGGCGGCUGGCUCAUUGCCUUUAUGCUCAUCUUCGUCACGUCGGUUCCCCCCAUUGUGGGCUACUCGACGGCAAACACCAUUGCGGGCUUCGUCUACGGGUUUCCGUUGGGCUGGCCCAUUGCUGCCUCGGCAUGCGUUGUUGGUAGCUUGGCUGCCUUUAUGGCUUGCCGGACGGUGCUGAGCGGCCAGGUCAACAGGAUGAUUGGCACCGACCACCGCUUCGUCGCGCUGGGCCAGGUCCUGCGCCGGGAUGGAAUUCUCUACUUGACGGGCAUUAGGUUCUGUCCUCUGCCCUUUAGCUUGAGCAAUGGCUUCCUUGCAACCAUUCCCAGCAUAUCGCCUCUCGCUUUUGUUAUCUCUACAGCGCUGUCCACACCCAAGCUUCUCAUCCACGUCUUCAUCGGCAGCCGCCUCGCCAUCAUCGCCGAAGCAGGCGACUCCAUGACCCUCCGCGACAAAAUGGUCAACUACGCUAGCAUGAUCAUCGGCGGGGCGAUCGGCGCAGCUGCCGGCAUCAUCAUCUACCGCCGCACCAUGGCCCGUGCCGCCGAGCUCGCCCGCGAGGAAGCCACCGUCAUCAUCGCCGCCGAGGAGGGCGAGGGCGGCUACGAGGACACGGACGACACGCUCCUGGAUCCAGAGGAUGCGGCUCAUGCCAUGGGCGAUGAUGAUGUUUCUCUGUGGGACACGCAGGUGGACGAUGGCUGGGGUGAUGCGUAUGACGAUGAGGAGGGUGAUGGUGAUGCGAAGACGACAAAGUUAAAUAAAGACUAG